AUGUCAACAUCACCAACAAUUAAAAAGAUUGAAAGAAUAAAUUAUAUUAAUAAAUUAAUUACAGAAUUGGAAACUAUAAAUAAACAAAAUGAUUUAAUAAUGGCACAAGUACCGAAUCAAAUUCAAGAUUCCUAUAAUAUUAUCACAAGAUUUAUGGAACAUGUUGAAGAUUAUAAACCACAAAAUCUAAAGAAUCUAUCAAAAUCAAAUAUAAAAAUUAUGGAAUUAGAGAAAUCAAUAAAUCAAUUAAAAACAAAGAUUAAAGACACUCAAAUGAGAACUAACAAUGUUACAAGUCAAAAAGAUCUUGAAAGAGAAUUACAAUUUAAAUUAAAUCAAUUAGAAGAAUUACGUAAAAAAUCUUUGGUUGAAACCAAUAAUACUGUAAUAAAUAAUAAUAAAACUACUUCUGUACCAUCAUCAUCAUCAUCAUCAUCAUCAUCAUCAUCAUCAUCAUCUUCAUCAUCAUCAUUGUCAUCAUUGAUAACAACAACAACACCAGUAUCAAUAACAUCAUCAUCAUUAUCAAGUGCACAAAUUAUCGUUAAUAAUAAUUUAACAAAUAAUGAUAAAUUGAAAGCAAUGAAAUCAGAUUUAAAGAAUUUAACAGUAUCAAUUCAAAAGAUAUAUCAAUGUACAACUAUUUUCUAUCAAUCAUUUAAAUCUUAUUUUAAUACAUUGGGUGAAGUUUUAAAUAGAAUACCAACGAUGAGAGGUGGUUUAGAUAUUGGUGGGGUUUUACAAAUUGGUGGCGAUGAAUCUACAGAGAUUUUAGAAAGAAUGUGUGAAUCGAUUUAUCAAUCAAGUAAAUUAGCAUGGACUUUUUUAAGUGAAUUAGCAUGUUUAGAGAAAUCUUGGUAUAAUAAAAAUUUUAAAAUUUAUCAAUCAAUUUUAGAAAAAACUGAAAAAGAUAGUAGUUUUGAUGAUAAAUCACCAUCUUCGUCAUCAUCCUCAUCAUCAUCAUCAUCAUCAUCUAAUAAUAAUGAUAAAAAAUAUGGUAUAUUGAAUGUAUUAAAAAGAUUAAAAAAGAAAAAAACUUAUAGAGGUUCAAUUAACCUUUUAGAGAAAAUUACAAUUAUGGAGAGUGAAAGUGAAAUUCAACAAAAAUUAAAUAAUAGUCCACCAAUGUAUAGUAAACAGCAACAACAACAAGCAAAAAUAGGAUCAACAGGAUUAAAUAAUAAUGAUAAAAAAGUAACUAUAGUUUAUGAACCAAUAAAUUCUUCAACAACAUUAUUAGAUGCGAUUAUAUUAGAUUUGGAUAAAUUAUUAUCAUUUUCUGAUAGAGAGAUUACAAGUCAUAUUGAUUCAUUAGAAAAGAAAUCACAAAUGUUAAUUGAUAUAUUGAAUUUGUUAAAGAUGAGAUAUCAAUAUUUUAGAGAGAAAAUCUCAAGAUGGGUUGAUAAUAAUUCUGCAAUUCUAAGGGUAACUUCGUUUGAAGCGGAUCCAGAAUCAUUUAAAAUCAUGGAAUUUAAAAAUAUACCAGAUGUCCAAUUUAAAGUUAAAAUUCUUUACAAAGUUAUGUUAUCAUAUUUUACAUGUUGUUUAGUGGCUACACCAAUGGUUUAUCUAACACCUGAAUCAUGGAAACUUUCGAACCAUAGUGAUUUCAGGGCAGAGAAAAGAAAGCAAAUUGAAAAGUUGUUAUUGGUUUUGAAGUCGAAUGUAGCUCCAAUCGAUUUGGAUGUGUUACGUAAAUUGAUUUUGGAAUUCACUGAUAUUUUAAUUUGUGCGUUGGAUAUACAAAUACCACUUUUAAUAGAGGUUUAUUCUGAUGACUCGUCCACUGCUAAAAGAGUGAAUUACAAAAAUGAGAAAAAACUAUUGAAAGAAACAAUCACAAAAUCAAUUAAUCAAUUAAAAUAUUUUCAACCACAACAAUCUUCAUUAUCCUCUUCUUUUGGUAUUAGCACAAGUAAUAAUAAUAAUCCUGUCUUUCAAGAAUUAUUGGGUAAUAGUGUUCAAAUGAUUCAAAGUGUAAUGUUACAUUUCUUUAAAAUGAAACCAAUUGGUCGUCCUCAUGUUUAUGCUAAAGAUGGUAAUUGGAGUUUAGUUAGUGAAUCAAAAAGAAGAUAUGAAUAUAGAACUUCAAUUUUAAUUUAA